AUGACUGCAGGUCCUCAGCCUGAAUUAUUUCUCUUCUACGAUAAUGGUCCUACAGCCGACAGCAGAAUUCUUGUGUUCGGAACUGAACAGUGUCUGCGUGCCCUUGCGGAAAGUGAGCUGUGGUUCAUGGACGGAAACUUUGACGUCACUCCAAAGCUCUUUCUGCAACUAUAUGUAAUUCUAAUCCCACUUGGAGAUGCCGCAGUUUCUAUUGUCUACGCUCUGAUGGAAAGGAAGACUCAGGAGAGUUACGAGGAACUGUUUCGUGCCAUCACAUCACGAUGCGAAUCUCUUGGCUGCUCGCCCUACCCAGAGGUUAUAUUAACCGACUUUGAGAAGGCUGCGAUGAACGCCGCGAAAGAAGUAUUUGGAAGCGACGUGAAGACGCAGGGAUGCUUCUUCCACAUGACGCAGUCCACAUGGAGGAAGCUGCAAGAUCUCGGUUUGGUGCCGAGGUACAGAGAGGACGAAGGACUUCGACUCCUCGUCAGUAUGCUGGAUGCCCUUGCCUUCCUCCCCGUUCCAGAAGUGGAAGAUGGCUUUCGUCUCCUGAGAUCUGUUGAGCCAGCAGACGUCGGUGAGCUGGUUAUGUACUUUGAGACAAAUUAUGUGCUGGGGUCGUACAGAAACGUGCCCCGAAGGAAUGGGAACGUUACACUGAGGCGAGUGCCGCCGAGAUUUCCACCGGAGGUGUGGAACGUACACGACGCUACGAUGGCAGACGGCCACCGUACAAACAACCAGGAGGCGUGGAACCGUCGUUUUGGAUCCCUUCUUCGGCACAGCCACCCUUCUGUGCACAGGCUCAUCGACGCUCUGCGACUCGAGGAAGGCGCCGUCUCAACUGUGUUCCAGCAAGAAGCGAUCGGAGUCCGACCCCAGAAACGAGUGAAACCAGCAACCGUGGAGCUGCAAGCACGGCUGCGGAACCUUUGCAGCCAGUACGUCAACAAUGAAAAAACAAUUGAAGAAUUUCUACGAGGUGUUGCCCGGACGAUCCGCUUCUAG